AUGCGUGUGGAAAAGCCCCAUUAUGAUUCCUGUGAUUACAACAGUAAGCCUAUAGGAGAUGUUCUGGAGGAGUUAUGGCGAGAGGGAAAACUCUCCUCUGCUAAUACUACUACUACUAAUACUACUAAUACUAUUUCAGAAGAUAAAGCCAAUGAGAGUGGUGUGGCUGUAUUGGAAGUGGCCUCUGGCAGUGGACAACACGCUGUAUACAUGACCCGUCGCUUUCCACCAAACACAAUUGCCCGUUGGGUGUGUACAGACUUACCAGAGAUGCUGCCAGGUAUUACACGCUGGCUACAGGAAGAUGGUAAACAUCAGAUCGCAUUGGUAAAGCAGCCAUAUGCAUUGAAUUUCACAGAUACAGAAAAACAAUGGCGAGAGAUGUGUCGACUUGCUGUAUUCCCUCACAUUGGAUAUGAUCUUGUGUUUACGGCAAAUAGUUUUCAUAUAGCUCCAUGGGAGGCAUGUUGUUCUCUCUUUCGACGUCUUCCACUUGUUGUACGUCCAGGUGGUUUAUUUAUUGUGUAUGGGGCCUUUAACUAUAAUGGUACCUUUACCUCUGAUAGUAAUAGACGCUUUGAUGCUUGGUUAAAGCAAAAUCAUCCUUAUCGUGGUAUACGUGAUAAGGAGACUGUGGAAUCUAUGCUAGCGCAACAGGGUUUCACAUUAGAGAAGGAUUAUGAUAUGCCAGAUAAUAACCGCUGUCUUUGUUUUCGUCGACAACAAAAAGACGUAGAAACCACACAGUGA